GGGAGGGGAGCGGAGGUCGGAGGGGCGGUGCAGCAGCCGCCCGCGUGACAGCGGCGGGAGGAUGGCGCCGCGCCGGGUUGGGGCUGUGCUGGGGCUGGGGCUGGGGCUGGGGCUGGCGGCGCUUGCGGCAGGUGUGGUGCUGAAGCAACCCCAAGAACCCAAAGAGCUGUGGGGAUAUGUGCAAGUCCGAAGUAAAGCCCACAUGUUCUGGUGGCUCUACUACGCGAACAACCCAACCAAAGACUUCACAGAGCUGCCUCUCAUCAUGUGGCUUCAGGGAGGUCCAGGAGCUUCAGGCUGCGGAUUUGGGAACUUUGAAGAGAUUGGUCCGUUAGACAAAGAAAUGAAACCAAGAAAUACAACCUGGUUGCAGGCAGCCAGUAUCUUGUUUGUGGAUAAUCCUGUCGGCACUGGAUUCAGUUAUGUGGAUGACUGCAGCUUGUUUGCCAAAAACCUUACCACAGUAGUCUCUGAUAUGAUGGUUUUUCUUAGAGAUUUUUUCACGCAUAGAACAGAAUUCCAGACCAUCCCAUUCUACAUAUUUUCUGAAUCUUAUGGAGGUAAAAUGGCUGCUGGCAUUGCCUUAGCGCUUCAUGAGGCUGUUCAAAAAGGAAGUAUAAAGUGCAAUUUUGUUGGGACUGCUCUUGGAGACUCAUGGAUUUCUCCUCUGGAUUCUGUGCUGUCUUGGGGGCCCUAUCUUUAUAGCACCUCUCUCCUCGAUGAUCACGGUCUAGCAGAGGUGACUGCUGUUGCUAAAGAAAUAAUGGAUGCAAUAAAUAAAAAUCAAUAUGGACUGGCCACUGAGCUCUGGAGCAAGGCUGAAGGUGUCAUUGAAGAGAACACAGACAAUGUGAACUUUUAUAACAUCAUGACUAAGGAAGUUCCAGAAAUGAAAGCAAAUGAACAAGAAAAUCUUCAUCUCAUUAGACUUUACCAACGCCAUGUCAAAAAUAUGCAUAAGAACAGCCUAAAUGAAUUGAUGAAUGGACCCAUCAGAAAGAAGCUAAAAAUUAUUCCUGACUGUGUGAAAUGGGGAGGUCAGUCCACAAAAGUCUUCGAGAACAUGGCUGAGGACUUCAUGAAACCUGUCAUUGACAUUGUUGAUCAGCUUUUAGCAGCCAACGUCAAUGUUACAGUCUAUAACGGGCAGCUGGAUCUCAUUGUUGACACCAUGGGCCAGGAGGCAUGGAUCCGGAAACUGAAAUGGCCCAGUUUGGACCAGUUCAGCCAACAGAGGUGGAAGGCGCUUUAUGUGUCUCCAGAAUCCACUGAGACAGCUGCUUUCCACAAGGCCUAUGAGAACUUUGCUUUCUUCUGGAUUCUUAAGGCUGGGCACAUGGUACCGUCUGAUCAAGGAGAGAUGGCACUGAAAAUGGUCAGGAUUGUGACCCAACAGAAGCACUAGGGAAGGGGCGGCCAGCUGGUAUGGCCUCCUGCUGAACGCUGUGUUCCUGCAGAAUGUGAGUCCAGAACAAAUAAGCCGCAGCAGGAACAACUGGUACACAUAGCUUCUCUGGACACAUAGCUUCUCUGAUCUUGAUGAUGUGUGAAAGCAUUUAUGAAAAGACAUAUUUCUCCUUGAAUAAGUUGUUUCUUUUGAAUUAGAAAGAUGUGAUUUGCUGCCUCAGUACUGUUUGUAAUGACUCUUCCAGGAGGAACUUCUCUGUCAUAAACAACUAGCAAUAAGCCUUUGCCUUUGUCUUGGAAGGAUUUUGUGCUUUUGUAAAAAAGCUGCCCUACCCCAAAUGUUCUCUUGUCUGUUCACAGACCAAGACUAAAACUGAUUUGCAUCCUGA